AUUACAAUAGCAGUUCGACUUUCCUGUACACGAAACCCCGCUCACAUCAACCCUCAGCACAAACCUGCAGUCGACAUCCGAGCAACUAACUAACUAUGAGCGAGAUCACCUCGAACGAACUCGUCAUCGAGCGCAACCCAGCAUCGCUGCCCAGCUGCUCGGACGACCUGAUCAAGAAGAUUGAAUACUUUACCGUCGAACCGCGAUGGGUGUUUGUCAGGGUGGAGAGUACGGGAGGACAUAUUGGGUGGGGUGAGGGUACUCUGGAAGGGCACUCUGAGCCCGUAGAAGGCGCUCUAGCCUCGCUCGCACGGCUGUUCAUCGGCUGGCCUACCGACAACAUCGCCGACAUCUGGGAACACGCCUACCGAAGUAGGUUCUACCGAGGAGGAGAGGUCGUCAUGAGCGCCAUCUCUGGAUUAGAUAUCGCCCUGUGGGAUCUCAAGGGCAAACGACUGGGCGUACCGGUCUGGUCGCUCCUCGGUGGCCUCGUCAGGGAAAAGGUCAAAGUCUACUGCUGGAUCGGUGGAGAACGUCCGGGGGAUAUCCUCGCCGAAGCUCAACAUCGCAAAGACAACGGUUUCCGAGCCGUCAAAAUGAACGCCACGGAAGACAUGCACUGGUUGGACAGCCCGCUCGCGCUAGACGGUGCUGUCGAGAGGUUGAAGACGGCUCAGAGCGUAGGGCUCGAUGUGGGAAUGGAUUUCCAUGGACGAGUCCAUCGACCCAUGGCCAAACAACUCGUGGCCCUCUUGGCGCCCCUCCGCCCCCUCUUCCUGGAAGAACCCCUCCUCGCGUCCCAUGUAUCGGAACUCGCCUCCCUGGCCAAGAUGUCUUCCGCACCCAUCGCCCUCGGAGAACGCUUGUACACGAGGAACGACUUCCGGCCGUAUUUCGAGCAGGGUGCUGUGGAUGUGAUCCAGCCUGAUGUGGCCCAUGCUGGUGGGAUCAGUGAGACGAUGAGGAUCGCUCGGAUGGGGGAGACAUAUGAUGUGGCGUUUUGCCCGCAUUGUCCCAAUGGACCGAUCUCCCUCUUCGCUAGUAUCGCCAUGGACGCCGCGCUCCCCAACUUCGGGAUCCAAGAAAUGUCCUGGGCCAUCCAUUACAACAAGGGCGCCGACUUGGGGACGUACCUCAAGAACCCCGAAGUCCUGGAAGUCAAGGACGGGUUCAUCAAGGUGCCCAUGAGCCCCGGACUCGGAAUCGAAAUCAACGAGGAGAUGGUCAGGGCGAACGCAAAGGACGCUAAGCAUUGGUCAAACUUGGUCUGGCGGGGAGAGGACGGAGGGCUGCGGGAGUGGUGAACGUGUCGUGCGAACUAUAAGCAUCUCCCGAUAAAUUCGCACACUUGUAGCGCCUGAAAACCAGCUCUUUAUCAAUUGGUUUGGACAUCACUCGCCGCGGCCUUGUCCAAAGAACAUUUGUAAAACAGUCACAUCUCGCGUUCUCGUUUAAUAGGGAGAAACAUAAGGGAUACAGGAUUCGGGUUAUAGAAACAAAGGUAUUUUUCGGGGUGGGGGGUCUUUACUGGGUCGUGGCGGAGUCAUCUAUCAGGUUCCGCAGAGGUGGUGGUCGUUCAGGUCGUAUGCGAUUCAAAUCGCAGAUUAGGAAAGGGAUGAAGAAAGGUUGUCUAGUGCGAGAUGUAC